GCAAGAAUGUCUCUAGACGUCAAUAUUAGUGAACCUGAAGAAUUUAACUGCCAAGAACUACACACUUCUAUUGAAAAAGCCGCUCUUAUCAAAGGAAUAAAGGAUUUCAAAUAUCAUGUAGAUACUAUUAGUGGAAAAGGAGACAACUACAUCGCAAAUUUAUUUAGAGUGAUCAUUAAAAAUACUGAAGAUGAAACAAAUAGUGUUAAUGUUAUUGUGAAAACACUUAUAAAUACAGCAAGACAAGAAACAUUUAGUGAAUUGCACAAACGAGAAGUCAAAGUUUAUAAUAAAGUUUUACCCAUGUUUAAUCGAAUACAAGAAGUUAUUAAUGACGAUGACAGAGUGAUAUUUCCAGAUUGUUUAUUAUCGAGUUUUGAAGAAGAACAAGAGAUUUUGAUACUUGAAGAUAUGCAAGAUAAAGGUUAUGCAAUGAGUGAUAAGGUGGCUAAAUUUGAGUCAUUAUCUUUUGAAGAAAUCGAAACAAUAUUAAAGGAGUUAGCAAAGUUUCAUGCACUCUCUUUGAUUGGUCAAAAAAAAGAGCCCGAAGAAUUUAAAAAGUUACAGAGUAAGUUUAAAGAUUUGAUGUUUGAUAACAGAUUUCUGAACAAAAGCAAUUUGAGAAAGUAUUUCGUGGAUUCUUUUGAGAUGUCAUUAAAAGUUGUUGAGGAUGUGGAACUCAAGAAAGUAUUAGAACAAAUAGGAACGCGACUAAUAGACUUGUUAAGACUGUAUACUUCGCCAAAGAAGUUUAAUGUAUUAUGCCAUGGUGACUGCUGGGUUAAUAAUGUGCUGUUUAAAAAGACGGAAGACGGAGAUCGACUAUGCUUUCUAGACUUCCAGGCGUUACGAAACGCUAAUCCAGCCACCGACGUUCUACAUUUCCUGUACCUAUGCACCAACUCCAACUUCAGAUCGCAACAUUUAGAAAACCUCUUAGACGCAUAUUACGAAAGUUUCCAAACAUUCUCCAAUUUAUUCAACGUAGAUGCAAGUUUAAUCUAUCCGAAGGAGGAUUUUUACGAGGAUGUGAGGGGAAGUUUGCCUUUCGGGUUCUUGAUAGCUUUCAUAGAGUUGAGGAUAGUCUCGUGUACAGCAGAGGAUAUUGAUUUUUUGAGAGGCUCCAAUCUUUCGCUGAAUACUUUGUCAACGAAUGACAAUGAGCUGUUUAAAAUUAGGAUCAAUGAUGUGGUAAAAGAAGCGUCGAAUAACGGUACUAUAGAGAGGUUGAUCGAUGAAAUGUCUAGGUUUAGUUAUUAAACAUGAUUUUGUUCAGUAUUUUAUAGUUUAGUAGCUUUUACCCGCGGCUUCGCUCGUCUUAACCCUUAAAUGCAUAUUGUUGCCAUUUGGCAACAAUGUAUGUAUAUUUUGUAUAUUUUGUAUGUAUGUAUGUAUAUUUAGCUAGUUUAUAGC